AUGGCAGAAAUGGCCACUUUCGUUCAACAGUUAAAACAAGAACAUUGUUCCGAGCACGAAUCAAAAACUGAUAACGAAACCACUCCUAUACCACAAACAACAUCAAAAAGGUUUCUGCAGAGAAACUCGUGAUUAUAUAUAUGUUGAGUUAAUUAACAAGCUUGAAAGACCACCAGGCUUCAUGGAGAACAACAAAAUAAAUUACUGCUCUUCACUAUGUUAUAAUAGUUAAAGACCAUGUAAAGUCCGUUCUGCGCAUACGUUCUGCGCAGGCUUACAUUCCAAUGGUCCGGACCCGACCGUUGGACAACCUCGCAAGCCAGGGUCUUUUACCUGCGCUAGGGCUCCGGCGAAGACCCUGGUUCCCUCUGGUCACGUGACCUCCUAAAAAUUAUGACAACAAGAAGUCCUAGGGGAGGGUGGUUGAAAUGUGAUAUGUUGUAAUUUACAACUUCCGGUUAAAUGUUGUGUUUGCAAGCCUAGCCGAGGAGUGACUGUAGAAAAGCUAUGAGAAAGCGACUUCAAUUGUAAUAUGCAAAAACAUUCAAAAUGUAUAAUUUUUCUUAUUUGUUUGCAGUUUUCUAUUAUUUUGUAUGCAAACACUAUUUUGAAGCCCAAGCAGGUUAUUUGCUUGGAAAAGCUGUCCUUUGGCGUGUAUAUAUAUACUGGCAAUUUUUCCAACCGGUAAUAUGGCGAGUCGCUGAUUUACCAGCUUUUGCCUUUGAUGCUUUUCGCUAAAAGAGCGUUAGAAGAACGUCCAACUCAUGGCGUUUGUGUAAAUGAGUGAUGCUGCUCGUUACAAUAUAUCGCGAACGCGCCUUUGAUAAACAAUCCAGCUGGAAAAUUAUGUGCGAUAAACUCAGAGUAUCAGAGAUAGAUCGUUUAGAUAGAUAUGAAUUUAAAAAGGUUUUACAUGUAUAAAUACAAUAAAUGUUCUUCAGCAGCCAUUAAAAUGUGACAACCAAGAGAUUGAUUGCGAUGUAGCUGAAAUUAAUCAAAAGACAAAACUAAUUCUACAUGUUAUUUUUCAAUCAUCCAUUAUAUUGUUAUCUCAAUUUUGUUCACUAUGAUGCCAAACGUAGUCUGAGUUGUGUGUUGUAUUUUAUAACGUACCAGUCGUUAUUGCAUGACUGCCACAGCAUAUAAACUUGACCGAAGGCACAUAAAAGCGGAAUCGCUUGGCUUGCAUGUUUGCUUUGAGUUGGUUGCAAAUUCUGACCGAAAGAUAUGAUGAGAUCUUUUACGAAAAAGCAUUCAGAUACAAGCACGGCUGAUAUUGAUGCCUUGAGGGACAUUUGCAACCCAAUUUAUGCUGUAGUGUAUGCAAAACACAAUGUUUAUGUGUUGAGUGUAGUUUAUAUAUGGAAAGGGAAUGAUUUCAGUUACCUGAUUAGACAAAUAUUUUGGGUCUGUGAAAUACUCUUGACUUUGCUUGGUACCAAAUGAAUACACAAUUAAUCACAAAUUGAAAUCAUAUAAACUCAAUUUACUUCAUGGACAGUACGAAAACCCAUACAGCAGUGCCAGAACAAAAUUCUAAAUUGAAUAUAUAUGUAUAUAUACAGUAUACUGUAACCAUAUAGCUAUUUCAAUUAAAGUUGACACAGAAAAUAGUUAGAUGUACAAUAAUAUGAGUGCUAAAUGAUUAAUGGAUAAUGAUAGUUUUCAAUAAGUUUAACACCUCAAAUAUAUUAUGAAUACCAAUUUAAUUUGUAUUCCCAUGAGGCUAUGGAUGUGUUAAAAUAGUAUUUUUUUAGCGUUCAAUUGUACAUUUAACUAUUGUCUGUGACACUAACCUUAAUCAUUGAAAUAGCUGCAUUAUAAUAUAGAACAAGUGCCAUUUGAUUUGUGCAUCUAUUAAUCCUUUCAAGCUAGGGUAUAGUCUUGGUAGCCUAUGCUACAGCCAUACAAAUCAUUGUUGCUUAUUCGUGCAAGUGUUACAGUAUUCACAGUCAUAAUCAUUCCUCUUUAUCUUCUGAGUUCUGAUGUGUCCACUGGUAUAAGUGCUUGGUGAAUGUUCCUCUUGCGAUUGUUUAGCUAGUCAUCAAAUGCAGCGACAAUUUGUCUAUAAUGUUGCUAUAAUGUAUCUGAUGAUAUAUCUGUGAAGAAAUUUUCAUGAAAGUGAUCAUGUAUUACAAAUGGUUUCAAUUCCAAGAGAUGAGAUAAAAUAACAUGUACAUUUUCUCUGAACUUUGUGCUUGUGAGAGGAUGCCUUCUUGACUUAAUUCCUACAGCUAUGUCGAAGUUGUUUAUCAUUUCUGCAGAUAUCCCUCCAGUCGCUCUGUCACUGUCUUGGGUGUUUUCUUGGCCCCCAUUCUUUUAAUUUAAUGUUAAUUCAGGAAGAUUAGAAAAUCCGUCAUCCGAUCGGACAUCACACGCAAGAAUUUCACAAUUCACAAAUUCUGCGAUACGAAGCAGGUUUUUAUUUCGCUAUUCAGCUACCUCUAAGAAUAGGUUCGGUUGCAAUAUUUCUUGUCGAUAAUACUACCACAAAGGUGACACUUGCAUUCCGAAAACAAAGCGGACUUCGGAUAAAUCAUUUUUGGAGUUUCCUUUCGCUGUGCCAUAGCUUGAGAGCUACUGAAUACUGUACUUUGACUUUGUAUAAGUGUGCAUUUGACCUUUAAUGCUUUAUUUUCUUUGCGUUGAUAAAUAAUGGCUCCACUUCCAGGUGUAAAACAGACCUCCAGCCGUGCAAAUUAUAUCAAAUAGGUGUAAAAAGCUUUCAAGCGGUGACAUAUUUCAUAAAAGAUAACACAAAAACCGACAAAACCCAAAACAUGAGUUAAUACAGAGCGUAAAUGGCCGUAUUUUCCAUAGGCAUAGUUAUUGAUUUUUUAGUUUUCGGCUUUUCGCUCUUGAAUUCCCUCUACCACUCCUCCCUACGUGGCAAAGAGGCGGCAAUUCGAAUUACCCCUAAAAUCUGGGGGUUCACGUGACCAGAGGGAACCAGGGUCUUCGCCGGAGCCCGAGCACAGGUAAAAGACCCUGGCUUGCGAGGUUGACCGUUGGAAUGUUAUUAAUAUUUCGUAUCUUUUGAAUUUUCUUGAAUUGAAUCUCUAGUCUGUAUUAAUUUACAAGAAUAGCGAACCAGAAGAGUGUUAAAAAUUCAGCCGAUCGCGAAUAUAUAUCUAAUCAUAUUUUACAACUGUAGCACUGAGUUCAAGUGUGUGCUGAGGAAAGGUUGUUUAUUCAGCAAUUCCCUUAGAAUUUAGUUCCGAAAAUAGGAACGUAUGUUUGUUCCUAUCUCGCGUUCUUUUGCAACUUAAAAAUUUAGUUCCGAAAAUCGGAACGUGUUUUUGUUCCUUUCUCGCGCAGCCGAACGAAUGGUUCCUAAAGCGGUCUAAAAAGGAAUGAGAUGCUCCGCUUUAGUUUGUUCCUUUAUGAAGAGAACAGAGAUUUUUGUCCCCCUAAAUAAUGACGGUACUAAACGUUCCGCUUCGUAUCGUUCCGAAAACCAAAACAAGUCAGAUAAACAUACAUGCACGUCAAUAAUCUAGUUUGCCUCGUUCGUUCCGGCAAUGGCACUAACGUUACAAUUUUCUGUCGCAUUACAAAGUAAGUAAUGAUAUUCAUACUUAUCAACGAUGAUACAUCUUCGUGAAGCCAGGGCCUUACAGGUACGUGCACGCUGUCGGUGGGCCGAAGAGGGCGAAACAUCCUCUUCUUUCUUUUUAAGUUUGGAGAAAAAGCACCGGGCCAAGCAGGCGAUUACUAGUAUUCGAGUCCCCGACACAGGACUCAUUCACCAUGACCCGUUUAAGAUCUUGGCGACAUGGCGCUCUUACUACCAAUGUUUGUUCACGGCUGAGGUCUGCAAUCGAUCUGAGCAGGACAUCAUGCUGGGUCGCUUAACUCGCCGUUUGAACAAGUCGGAGUGUCCCUAUAUGUCGUGUGUCGCGUGUCGUGGGUUAAAAGUCGUGUGUCGUGGGUAAAGUCGUGGGUAAAGUCGUGGGUAAAGUCGUGGGUAAAGUCGUGGGUCAUAAAAUGUGCUAAAAACGCAUUUUUUCACGAAGAUAUUUUUAUUUUUAAUAUUUUUUCGUACUUUUUUCAUUUAUGCAUUAGAUAAAUACAGGAAAAUUUAACGCAACAAAUCUCCAGUAAUAAAAUAAUUUCUUAUCUUGCUGUUAUCUAUAGUAUAACAAGUAAAUGUUUGAUUUUGUUCCCGUUUCGUGUAGUCUAUAAGCCUAUAGAAUAUAAGUUGAUGAUAAAAUGUCUUAAUUAGUUAUAGGAUAUAGGUUUAUCAGUUAGCUUUGGAAGUGUUAUAGUCCCUAUCAUGAACGUCGGGAAUAACUAUGUCGAUUGCAUAUGUCUGAUACAAAUUCAUAUUGUCUAUUGAGCUAUAAAUUUUACGCUGCAGUGCCUCGGUAUAAUUAGUGGCCAACGCUCGAGCCUCAAAUUUUGCUAUUUUAUCUCCCAGACCUAGUAUAUGUUCGUGGCCCUUAAAGGUCGACAAACAUUUCAUGUGUAUGUGGCGUUCGGAAAUAUUCCAUAAAUUGCUACGAUUUGGGAUUUCCCGAUUGAAAACCGAAUCGAAACGAUUUGUGUGAUGUCGGGCUAAUUGCCAACCGAGCGCGCUAGCCGCUGUUAUUUCGACAGAAUAUGAUACCUCUACACUUUUCAACCGUAAUUUUCAGCGCGCAUUGUAAUCAUAUACAUAUCGUUUAAUUUAGCUUCAAAAACUUGAUAAAAUACAUGUUAUUCGUGUUGGUUCCCGCGGAGCGCAAUGGUGUCAUAGUUGCCAGAGGCAGACCACAUGCAAAGCCGCUUCGGUACAAAUCAUGUAUAUAACGGGAAAUCUUGCUUAUUUCAGUCUAAUAAAGUCAACCUUUUUUCUUUGAUAUUAAUGUACGCAACAUGCUGCGCAUUUUACAUUUAACAAAAUAAGUUUUUGAAGCUAAAUUAAACGAUAUGUAUAUGAUUACAAUCCGCGCAUUAUUGAUUACGGCUGAAAAGUGUAGAGGUAUCAUAUUCUGUCAAAAUAACAGCGGCUAGCGCGCACGGUUGGCAAAUAGCCCGACAUGGCGACAUCGCACAAAUCAUUUCGCUUUCAAUCGCGAAAUCCCAAAUCGUAGCAAUUUAUGGAAUAUUUCCGAACGCCAAAUACACAUGAAAUGUUUGUCUACUUUUAAAGGGCCACGAACAUAUACUAGGUCUAGGAGAUAAAAUAGCAAAAUUUGAGGCUCGAGCGUUGGCCACGUAGAGUUUAUAGCUCAAUAUGUUUGCAUCAGACAUAUGCAAUCGACAUAGUUAUUCGCGAUGUUCAUGAUAGGGACUAUUACACUUCCAAAGCUGAUAAACCUAUAUCCUAUAAGCCUAUAACUUAGGGCAUUUUAUCAUCAAACAAUACAUUUAUAGACUUAUUAGACUAUACGAAACGAAAACAUUUAUACUUGUUAUACUAUAGAUAACAGCAAGAUAAGAAAUUGUUUUAUUACUGAAGAUUUGUUGCGUUAAAUUUUCCUGUAUUUAUCUAGCGCAUAAAAUGAAAAAGUACGAAAAAAAUAUUAAAAAUAAAAAUAUGAAAAAAUGCGUUUUUAGCACAUUUUAUGACCCACGACUUUACCCACGACUUUACCCACGACACAAGACUUUUAACCCACGACACGCGACACACGACAUAUAGGGACACUCAACAAGUCGGAGGUCGAGUCCUGUGAAGGGGAGUUAUCAGAGGCGGACUGUCGUGCUGCUCUUCACGGCAUGUCCCGUGGCAAGACGCCAGGUUCUGAUGGAUUCCCGAUAGAAUUCUUCGUUUCUUUUUGGGACCUUCUCGGUCCAGACCUUGUUCGAAUUGUCAACCUUGCAUAUUGAACUGGUCAACUUUCCACCUCACAACGUCGGGGCAUCAUCAUUGUUUUGUAUAAGAAGGAUGAUCGCCUCGAAACAAAAAAUUACCGCCCUAUCAGUCUCCUGAACGUGGAUUAUAAAAUUGCAACUAGGGCUAUUUCUGGCCGCCUUUUGGGCGUUAUUGGCUCAAUUGUCGGUUACGACCAAACGUGUGGUAUCCCGGGUCGUACCAUCUCCGAAAAUCUGAUGUUGAUGCGUGACCUUAUUGAGUAUGCCGAUUGGGCGGAUAUCUCCCUUGCUCUUCUCUCGUUGGAUCAAGAGAAAGCUUUUGAUCGGGUCGAUUGGUCUUUUCUCCAACGCAUCCUCCACACUUUUGGUUUUGGCAAUUCAUUUCGACAAAUGGAUCUCCCUUUUUUAUUCCAAUGUUGA